CUCUUUCCUUCUUCUUCGUGAGCAUCGACAUACGCACGUGUUUUUUAACUGCGCACCGCGAAAUUAAGUUUAUUGAAUUUACCGUUGUUUAGUGCUGUUACUCGAGUAAAUGCGAGUAUAGGCAUUGUGAUACGAAGCAUUUUUUUUCCUAAAUUCGCGGUAAUUUUGCGUUUGAGCAAAAUAAUUUCAUACAUAUGUAUCUUUACUUAAAGUGAUAUGAAAAUGAUCGUCUCGCAAAUUAUAGAUGCGAUAAAGUCAAAUGAAAUGAAAAAUGAAUACAACAUCGAGAUUGAACUGCUAACGGAAAACUUUACCUAAGAAGUAGAACAGUAGAAUUGAGGUUGCCGCCAGAUGCAGAAGCUGAGAAUACCAAGAAAUCCAAGAAAUCCGAGAAAUCCAACAGAUCUGAGAGCUGCGUCCGUCGGUCAGCAAACUUUGGGCUCUGCCUUUUGGCUCUUCUAAUUAAGAUGAAUUAAGCAAAAUCAUUUCGAUUAGAAAAACGGAGGAGCCGCAGCAAGCAAAAAGCGCACAGCGAUGGUGAAACAGCGAAAGAAACUAACUGUUCUUUGGGGCGUUUGAUGAUGAGCCGAUGGAUGGGAUGACGAUGGCCGCAAAAAAAAAGGGCAGGGAAAAGAAACAAAUGCUGAGAGAUGCUAAAUGACGAUGAGGGCCCGUGUAAUUGCUGUUAACUCUGGGGCAUAAUAACUUUAUUAGGAAGUUCGUCUUGAACUUGCAGCAGCCGCCGCAAUUGGGGGCAAAUUUAAGUGCCCCCACCCCCCCUCACCCUCUCCGCACACGCUCACAAAAAAAAAAAAAGGAAAACGGAAAUCUAGCCCAUGGUAACUCGAAUUUGAUUGAAGAUUCCGUUGUGAAAUUUGGUGUGAACUCCAUUUGCGUGGUCAUGUGGCAUCGUAGCUGGUGAGUUGGCAAACAGAGAUUUCGAGUGCUUUCAAUGGGCUGUGUAAACUUGAUAACUGAGUUAGCAAUUUGCCGCUGAAAAUGAAGCGAAUGCGCAGCAGUCGCCUCCUGGUGCUGCCAUUGAUCCUUGUGCUGAUCCUGACGCUGCUCCUCCAACCGAUUGCCGUCCACGCCAAAUCGAAGAAGAACAAGUCCAGCCAGAGCUCGCACCACGGUGACUCAUCCUCCUCCUCCUCAUCCUCAUCCUCGUCGAGUGGCUCCUCAUCGGCGGCAGCAUCGUCAGCGAAUGAUGAAAGCAAACCGAAGGGCGGCGACAAUGGUGGUCAGCACUUUGCCAUGGAGCCGCAGGAUCAGACGGCCGUCGUUGGUUCACGCGUAACGUUGCCAUGCCGGGUUAUGGAGAAAGUUGGUGCCCUGCAAUGGACCAAAGAUGACUUCGGUCUGGGCCAACAUCGCAAUUUGAGCGGCUUCGAACGCUACUCGAUGGUCGGCAGCGAUGAGGAGGGUGACUUCUCAUUGGACAUUUAUCCGCUAAUGCUGGACGACGAUGCCAAGUAUCAGUGUCAAGUGGGUCCAGGUCCACAGGGCGAGCAGGGUAUUCGUUCGCGAUUCGCCAAGCUAACCGUUCUCGUUCCGCCCGAGGCGCCGAAAAUCACGCAAGGUGACUAUCUGGUGACCACCGAAGAUCGUGAAAUCGAAUUGGAGUGCGUGUCGCAGGGCGGCAAGCCCGCAGCCGAAAUCACUUGGAUUGACGGACUGGGCAAUGUCCUAACCAAGGGUAUUGAAUAUGUAAAGGAACCGCUGGCCGAUUCGCGUCGAAUUACAGCCAGAUCGAUACUGAAAUUGGCGCCCAAGAAGGAGCAUCACAACACAACGUUCACGUGCCAGGCGCAAAAUACCGCCGAUCGAACCUAUAGAUCGGCCAAACUGCUGCUCGAGGUGAAAUAUGCGCCCAAGGUCAUCGUUUCGGUUGUGGGUGGUGCAUUGGCUGGUGGCAAAAUUCCCGAAGGCGCCGAGGUAAUACUAAGCUGUCAGGCCGACGCCAAUCCGCAUGAGCUCAGCUAUCGUUGGUUCAUCAACGAUGAGCUAAUGACCGGAGACUUUACCACUAAGAUGAUCAUUCACAAUGUUUCGAGGCAAUAUCACGAUGCCAUAGUCAAGUGCGAGGUGGUUAAUGCGGUGGGCAAGAGCGAACAGAGCAAGAAACUGGACAUUAGUUUUGGUCCAGUUUUUCGCCAGCGUCCCGUUAGCGUGGAAGCCGAUCUGGGCGCCACCGUUAGCAUGCGUUGCGAUGUGGCUGGCAAUCCGGAGCCCGAAAUCGAAUGGAUCAGCGAGAACUCCGAUCAGGUUGUUGGCGUUGCAGCGGAACUGAAAUUGAAAGUGAGCAGCGAAACGGCAGGUCGCUACUUUUGCAAGGCUGUGGUCAAUGGAUUUCCCGAAAUCGGUGCCGAGGCAACGCUGUACGUGAAAAGGGCACCGAUUAUCACAUCGCACAAGGUGCAAUUUGGCGGAGUUGGUGGUCGCGUUAAGAUCGAUUGUUUGGCCUUUAGCAUACCGAAGGCGGAGCAUAUACUCUGGUCGUUCGAGGGCAAGAUUAUCAAUAUGAGCAGCGCCGAUCCGGAUAUAUAUAUAUUCGAGGAGCAUCAUUUGCCGGAGGGCGUGCGAGCGGCCUUGAUUAUUCGCGAUAGCAAGGCCACACAUUUUGGCAAAUACAAUUGUACAGUGAUGAAUUCGUAUGGCGGUGAUUCGUUGGUUAUAACAUUGCUACGCGAACCGGGCAACAUACCCGUUCUGCUGGUCGUUAUGGGCUCCAUGUUUUGCGUGGCCAUCAUUCUGAUGAUCGUAAUGAUUAUUAUCGUGUACCGCAAGCGACGCAGUCGCAAGAAGCCCAUGCCAGCGGAUGUAAUACCGGAGGCAUCACGCGGCGGUGAUAAGCUAAACGAAUUGAAGAGCGAGCUACGCUCGAAGGCCUAUGAUGUGGAAUACUCGGAGGCGGGCGGCGAUGGACUGGCCAUUAAUCUUACCCAAUCACCGAUGCCCGAUGUUCAGAUGAAGGGCGCCACACUUGGUGUGCCACUAGCCGGACCCGUUAAGUUCGAUGAGCGCUUUUCGGGCGAUUUCGGUGGCGAUCGUUACAAUCGACAGUGUCACAUUAAGAAUCUAAAGAAUCAACAGGAGACCGCCUACAAGGGUAGUCCACAGGCCAAUGGCUAUGCCCAUUACUUUGAAUAUGCCCUCGACUAUAGUCCGCCGGGCGGUGAGGGUGCUGCCGUGGUGGUGGGCAGCGGCGGCGUUGGCAAGUUGAAGAACGGUGGCAUGAACUCGGCCACGUUGCCCCACUCGGCGGCUGCCACCGUGAAUGGGGGCGGUGCUGGCAAUGGGGGCGGUGCCAGUUUGCCGCGCAAUCAGCGGCACGAGAUUCAACAGUCGCAGCAAUCAAACGGAUUUCUCGGACAACCGCUGCUGCAGAAUGGCAUCGAUAGCCGCUUUAGCGCCAUCUAUGGUAAUCCCUAUUUAAGGACGAACUCCUCGCUACUGCCGCCCCUGCCGCCGCCGAGCACCGCCAAUCCGGCGGCCACGCCCGCCCCGCCCCCCUAUCAUGCCGCUCGCCACGGCCACGCCCAUCACGCCAACGGCGGACUCAAGCAUUUUGUGGGCGGCGCUGUGAUCACCACAAGUCCCGUGGGAAAUGUGAACAUUAAUGGCGGCGGAGGCGGUGGCUCGACGCCCAGCGGUGGCGGCGGCGUGGGCGUGGGCGUGGCAGCUGGUGGCAGCGUCAGCGGCAGCAGUUCCAACUUGACCGCCAGCAGCAAUACACUGGCGGCCACGCCCCUAGCGGGCGGCGGCGUCGGCAACAGCGGCCAGUGCGCCCAGAGUCCGUCCGGUCAGUUUAUAUUGUCGAAUAAUGGCAAAGGACACACGCAGAAAGGACCUCUGGCCACUCAUGUUUAAACUACAAAGAAGGAUAUACACACACAUCUUUCUAUAUUAUAUAUAUAUAUAUAGAAGGCACUAGCAUAACUCAUAAAUGUAUUUAAAAGCCGAACAUCUAGUGUGUAAACUUUUUUUUUUUGUCCAUCGAUAUUAGCGUAAUAUUCUGAUUCAAGCGGUGUGCUGAACUUUCGAAAAGAUCUUGGGUUGUAAAUGCAACUGACUUGGAUUUAUCUGAUAUGGCUGAAAUUCGAGCACUAAGAAUGUGACUGCUUUCGUUUGUAAAUUUGUAACGUACAGCUCCCAAAAACAAAAAAAAAGAGAAAAGAGUUCAACACACCCUUGAGUAAAAAAAAGAAAUGUGUAUAAAAACGAAAAACAAAACACAAAAAAAAAAAACAGAAGAAAACAAAAACCGUAUUGUGAUUUAUAGCGUUAAUUAUUUUAUGGCUGAGCUCGAUGAGUUUCGCAGCGGCAAAUUAUAUCAACUAGUGCAAAUCUUAAGCUACUUAUCGAGUAAAAAAUCGUAUAUCAAUUAAACACGAAACGCGUAUCGAACAGAAAUGUAAAAACAAAAACACAAAACAACUACAAAACUUGAAAAGUUCAUUUUAAACAGCGUGUUGCAUACAAUUUUAAAACGAAACCGAAAAUCAAUUCAAUUAUAUACAUUAUGACAAAACAAAAAGCCUGUGUAGUUAGUUGGAACUAAAAAAAAAAACAAAAAUAAUAAUAAUAUAAAAGCAAACGAAAAUGAAAAGUAAAGCAGCAGCAGCAGAAAGCAAAAACAAUUUUCUAAGCCAAAAUUUAUCAAAUUUUUUAGACUUAAUUACGUAUACAUCAAACGAAACCAACUGAAUGCAGUGAGAGAAAAUAUUUAGAUUAAGUGCUGUGCUGCAUCUGUGACCCGGUCAAGAAGAGCCAAAAGUAACAUAUAUAACUAUUAUUUUGCACACAAACAAACAAAAUUGAAAUUGAAUUGAAAACUAUAUUUUUACGGGAUGCUACAGUAUUAUUGCAAUUUAAUCGAUAAUCCCCAAGCCGCAAAAAACUAAAAACAAAAAGAUGUCCAAAUAUUGGUGAUUUACGAGUAAAGUGAAUAAAAUUAGAAAAACCACCAACAUAUAUAUAUAUAUAUAUAUAUAUAGUUCCCACUUUCCAACUUUUUGAUCGGGUUUUCAGUGGCACAGCAUUUCAGCAUCCAUGUGAAAAGUUGAAUAUUUUUUUGUCUAGCCCUAAGCGCGUAAAUGAUAUUUGAACUUAAAUCAAUUAUGUAAAGAAGCAAAUGAAAUAUUGUAUAUCGUAUAUAUAUAUAUAUAUAUAUAUAUAUAGAGCAUAAAUGUGUAUGUCAACGCUUGAAUUAAAAAAUGACUAGCUAAGAUUAGAGAGAAUGUUUGUAAUUUUUUUUUUUUGUCUGCCUAGUUUAGGUUUAAGCCUAUUUAUAGACGUAAAUGAAGAAUUUUAAAGGUAAAAAGAAAAACUUAAAAAGCUUAGAAACAAUUUGUAAAACAUUUGAGCGAUCUACCAAAAAAAAAAAAAACGCAAUUAAGUGUAAAGCGUUCAAUUUUUAACACGAAAUGCUGCCUUAUGAUUCCUCGUUGGGUUCUUAAUUCACUAAGCCAAUACUGUAAUUAAUUAACUAAUUUAUUGUUUCAUAUUUUAUUUUUUGUUUCUUUCGAGAAUAUACAUAUGUAUGUAUUUAUCUAAAGUAAUUCUGAAAAUGCUUAAAAAUAAUGCCCGUUCGUUUAAACUGAUUUAUACACUCGAAUCUAAUUCUAUUCUUUCCGUGGGCCAAUUGCGCCGAGCUUUUUAACUGGGAUAGCGUUCCGAAAAUCGGAGAUAAGUAUGGUGUUACAUAUUUUUUUUUGUUUUCGAUAAUUGUCAAACGAUUCAAUUAAGCGUUCAAUUAUAUAGACGUUACACACGAAACGAAAUGAAAUUCAAAUGAAAUCCUAUUAAGCCAAGUAAAGUAUGAUAAUUGCAGGAAGCGGAGUUGCGAAAAAAAAAGGUACGGAAAAUGAAAACUAAGAACGUAUUGCGGGAAAACCUAACUUAAGUCGAGAACAACUCAAAUUAGUUGAAAUAAAGAUACGAGAACAAAAGGAAAAUAAAAUACUUAAAAAAUGCU